AAGACAGACGCGAAGAGCGUCAAAACGAGUGCGGUUGCUUGACCUGUAUGCGCUGGCGUUUCUUGUCUUAUCUUAUCAGAGUUUGACGAAGCCUCUAGAUAUUUGGCCGGUGCUUAAAGGGAAAGCCCGUGUGUGCCCGUGACGUAUUUUUAUUUCUCUUCCUGCGAAGGUGCCCUCAAGAGGACCGUCUUCAUCUGAGCUCCAGACAAUAACAUGGUCUCCUAUAAGGCGGCGUUGCUGCUCCUGGUUGUAACCCUGGCGGUGGUCGAAUCCAGACGUGAAAUCAAAUACAAGAUCAAAAAACAAGACUUCCUUCAAAGGUAUCAAGAGGAAAACAAGAACAGGACUGAAGAAUCCCAGUCCGACCUGUGCCACAAAGUAGCGUUGAGGAGGUGUGGACAGAACUUCAUGAAAGUCUUCAACCUAGUGGAGUACCUAUCGGGAGCGGAUUACUACAAUGCACAGUGCACGCUUAGAAAGGCGUUCUUCGCCUGUCUGGACAAGCUACGUCAACGUCCCUGCCGCAAGCGACGUCUGGCGUCUCUGGACGACCGCAGGUUUCGGAAAAGGCUUGCCGACGCCCUCUGGGAGACCCGCGUCUGCGUCCUCGGAAUCAAAGACGUCGAUGAACUGCCUCCUAAGAAGAAAUCUCCGAAAUAGCUACUGGGAACGAGGACAACUGGAACAUAUGGCAUUGACGAGGCAUAAAGCAGCUCUUCCGGGAAACAGAACGAUGUCACAGUUCUGGACGCACUCAACAUAGGCAUCUGCCAUUGUAGCUCUGCAAAUUCCCAAUGAAUAUAAGCAGACGACAUUAUAUAUAAAGUAUUGUCUAGACUUUAUAAACGCAUUCGCGAAAAUGACUAGAGGACACUUAUCGUAAAGAAAUACGUGUUUUAUUGCUCGGCCAUUUGAUGUGGCAAAUGUGAACCAACCUAUGUGCAUCCAGAACUGUAACACGAAGGAGAAACAUGCGUGCACUCGAGUCAAUUGCGCUAUACAGCAACUUUUCCCAGAGGUUCAAGUUUAUGUGAGUGUGAUGUUAUAAAGAUUUGCCAAAAUGAUGCAUUUAAUUAGAAAGAUACAUCGCGAAACGCAAAAAAAAGAAAAAAAAAGAAAACCAGACCUUGGUUGUGGUUGCGCAUAUAUUUGAAAGAUGCACUAUUUUACGCUGUAAUUUAAUAUACCUUAUGUGUCCAAUACAUGUUCCUCAACCAUAAAGUUUUUCUGGUAUUUCGCUUUCUCGGCCAGUGAUUAAAUCAAAAAUGUUUUCAAGGUAGUAAGUUCAAGACCUUGAUAUAGUUUCACACAUUCAACGUAUCUGUAUGGUGUGAUCAACGAUCAUGCCGACCGGUCAAUUUGUGUCAUCAAGCCGAAUACAAGGGCGAUCUGGGAUCCAAUGUGUGAUAAGAGAUCAAGCUUCGUUAAACGUUGACUUUGUAUGACCAGCAGAUGACACACGAAAGAGAGAGAGAAAAAAGGCAGACUCAUAUUUUCCACGCUACAUUAUAGCUAGGCCAUUUCUCACGACGUGGGGCAUGUAUUGUGCCAAGCCAAAUAUCACGCGAAAGACACUUCAAAGACCUUCACCUUUCUCCACAAGAUCGCAAAUCCAAUCUCCUUCCAAAUCUUUUCCCUAACAAGGUGAACCUUCAUAUCACAUACGACAGUACAGGAAACAGAAAGCGAAGCGCGUGAACGGAGCAGGUGGCGCUAUCAACAGACGGGAAAACAAGAUCACCGACGUGACUUCUUUCCAGCGAGACGCCUAACGGCAGGUCUGCUUUUCGUCCUCACGAAGACCCUUGAGGAAAGCUCUAUCACGUCUCAGAUCCAUUAUAGAGAUCAAGGCGGCUGUCUUGUUUUUGUUGAGAUGCGUGUGAAGGGGAUCACAAAAUGAAAUAAAAACAGCACUUUUAUAAUGCAGGUGUUUACCGUUGAAGCAACUAGACGACAUUGUUUGUUGUACCGCUUUGUUGGAAAAUAUAAUGUCCAAGCUUAUGAACCAAAGUGCAAGAAGUCCACCCUAUUGAGAGCAAUUAUGCAUUGCUUUUUUUUUUUUUUUUCACCUUAAAAGUUUCCGUAUCGCUCCGUGUUUAGACUUUCUUCCCCCAGAAAUUUCCGAAAUCAAAAUUAACUAAUACAAACGCUUUCUAGCUAAACAUAUGGGGUUUUUCCCAAUUGGAGCAGAUGACACACGGCGCAAAUGGGAAACGAAGCUCUGUAGUAGCCACACUGUACUAGAAGCGUCCUCACAUGUAGCACAGCCCAUUAGAGAAAGCAAUACAAUUUGUUUCAGUUCAUUAGGUAGUGAAAUGCUGAACUGUAGGUUUCAUUAUUUAAAUGUGGUAUUUGCGCUUUUUUAAAACGAGUCUGGGCGCAGUAACGUUUCUUUCUCCCACAUUCUCUCCAACACUGUUAAAACAGAGCUUCACCACAUAACACGCUCCUAGCCAGCCACCAUUCUGAAUGAUACCGUUCUCUCCCCUGAUUUGUUGAAGACAAGAGAAGGCGCCUCUCUCAGAGUGGAACAGGUUGUCCACACGUUAAAUGAGCAUAGCAGUAUUUGUCUUCUAGAGUUGGCCCUUUCUUCGUGCAUUGAUGUAACAGGCAAAACCGUCCAUAUGUUACCCUUUCCAUGUACUUUGGUCGUAUUCGUAUCAUUCGUUUGCGUAUUUAAAGGAUCCCCGAGAAAGAGAACGAAAAAAGGGAAGAAAAAGGAAAGGUGUAUAGCUUACGCAUCAUUAGGAUAAGAUUAUAUUUCAAGCUUUCGCUCCAGGUAAUAGAGCUUUCGCAGGUGUUUCGAAGUGACGGCACGCGUUUUGCUUUCUACCAACCUUGGGUGCUUUUGUUCAUUGUCUAUAUCUCGUAUUGUUCAUGCGAACAGUGUGACUUUUAUACUUGCAACUAAGCUUACAUGUAGGCUCAACAUACAUUGCUUGCCCACUAAAAAAAUUGUCGGACAAAUAUUUUUUUUUUUUUUUGGCGGCGGCGGCGGCGACCUAUUCACGUCUCCAACACAUCAUAUCGCGAGGGAGCUGUAAAUAAUUUGUCCAACGGCUCUUUAUCGGACACAAUUAAACCACUAAUACGACGUGCGUGACGCUAUCCUGUGUCGCUAGAGAUGUCUUUUUGCGUGCAUGAGCAGUACUCCGACCCUGAACCAGGAGCGAAUUGUACCCCCAUAGUAAAGAAAAAGGUUAUAUAUAUAUAUAUAUAUACAUAUAUAUAUAAACGAGACGGCGAACUAAAGACGAAAGGCGCACGACUGUUCACCCUGUCUCGGGUUUUUAUCAUUUUCGUGAUCAUGUACCAGCUCGCCUGUGCCCUGGUCUCCUCCUGCCUAUCUAUCUCCAUAGGUCCUUCUAUGCCUGCAGCACCUACGUGACACCGCGUCGAAGUCAGCUAUACACCACCCGCUGCGUUAAGAGUUUGCGUGAGCUUGCGUGCAUUGGAGAACUGCAGUCCAAUUAAUGGGGUGCAUCGUUAUAGACUACUGGCCGUACGCAUUGCAUAGUCUCUCAUUGCCUCGAAUUCUUAUGUUCUGUGAUAAGUUUUAAGCCAUGUUGCCGACAGUGUGCACAGAAACCUUCCACCGUGGUGUUGAUGUACUGAAGUGAUAUGCUCUCAUGCUUUUUAUGUACCUGACAGCUGUCGACUUAUUUUCAACGCUCGAUCGUUAUUUAUAUGUAUUUUAAAAUGUAUCUACGUAUUUACGCACCCUAAUUAUUUUAUGUACAAUCGAAUAGGCUUUUGUUUUAGCGAGUUUAUACCCGCUGCAUCCCAUCGUUCAAUUAUGUACUAUUUGAGGACCCCGAAAAGGAUGUGCCAAUGUGCUCUGUAUAUCAGAUCCGAUAUGCGCUAACGGAACAGAUAUUUCAGAAUGUGUUCCAGUUUUUAUGUGGUGCUCGAAAACAUAGCGCGUAACCAUCGAAUGGUCCUGAUGCCGAUGUUUAACGUGUAAUAAUAAAGUACAGUGUUACGUA